GGAGCAUGUACCUAAUCUAACAUAGCUUUCUGUUAUAUCAAAAAAGGAACGAACGAUUCGGCGACCAGUCUACGGCGUAACUAAGUCCAGUGCGGAGACACCCACUGACAGCAGUGUAAAGUUGAAAAUAUUUAUUACUGUUAACAUAUAUAAGAUUAAAGCAAGAUUAAAUGUCGAACUAUAUUCAAGUUUCAAUUUGGCUUUUGAUUGCCGCUGGAUGCUACCAAACACUGGUACGAGCGCAGCUGUUCGAACGCGGUAACUGCCCUGAAGUAAAAGCUUUUCCUGAUUUCAACCUCAAUGAAUACGUAGGAAAAUGGUACGAAAAUCGCAAAACAAUUUCCAACUUCCAAAAUAGAAUAGCACAGCGCUGUGUGAACGUUCAAUUCAACGAAACGGAUGGGAAAAUCAUCGUCAAAAACAGCGGAAUACAAAGAUUUACGAGGAGAAACAUCGUGCUCUCUGGACAUGCACGUCAUCCAGACCCCACGAAGGGCGAAUUUGUCGUAAAUUUUCUUGGAAACGCUUCGUAUGCGGACGAAAAAUUCGUGAUUUUGGGAACUGACUACAAAACAUACUCUGUUCUUUGGAGCUGUGUCGACGUAGGACCUACACAUUUAUAUAACCUGUGGGUUCAUACUCGUGAUCCAAAUCCAUCGAGCGAGACAGUUGAAACGGCGUUGGAUGUCGUGAAGCGGAAUGCUCUGGAUGAAACUAAAUUAAGGAUGACAAACCGAAGAAAUUGUUAAUUAACCUAUCUGAAUUUGGCAGCAAACGGCAUGCACCGGUCAAUCAAGACCAGACGCAAUUAUUAUAAAUUCAAAGCCAAUUAUUAUUGAUAAUUAAAUUAUUUCAUGGUUACAACUUGUUAUUAGACGGAUAUUAUCCAGCUGCAUAUUAAAACAAUAAUACAUUUUCGACAACAUUU